GAACAACUUGCAUUAGAGAUUAGGUCUUCUUUCAAGAUGACAAUUGGGAUACACUACGGAUAUUAAAUGUAUGCUUUUUUGCUAAGCGGACUUUAAAACUGCAUUUUUAAACAAAAACGAAAAGAAGAAAAUACAUUUUCUUUUAAAGUUUUUAUUAAAAAAAAACAUUUUUUUUUUUUUACCUGACACAUGGAGUCCGAUAAAAAGCAUGUGACGUUCCCACUGAUGAUGGCUGUUUGUACAGCUGUGAUUGGCUCCUUGCAAUUUGGCUACAACACAGGUGUCAUCAAUGCCCCUCAGAAGAUCAUUGAGGGCUUCUACAAUGAGACAUGGAAUGACAGAUAUGGAGAGUACAUACUGCCAGGCACUCUUACUACACUCUGGUCCAUUUCAGUGGCCAUUUUCUCUGUAGGAGGGAUCUUCGGAUCCUUCUCAGUUGGGCUCUUUGUAAACCGUUUUGGAAGGAGGAAUUCAAUGCUCAUUGUUAAUGUUCUGGCCUUCAUCGCUGCUGCUUUAAUGGGCUUCUCCAAGCUGGCUGCAUCCUGGGAGAUGCUUAUAAUCGGACGUUUCAUUGUGGGCGUUUACUCUGGCCUGUCCACAGGCUUUGUACCAAUGUAUGUAGGAGAAAUUGCCCCAACUUCAUUACGUGGAGCACUGGGCACUCUUCAUCAACUUGGCAUUGUGAUUGGCAUCCUCAUGGCACAGGUCUUCGGCAUUAAAGAAAUUAUGGGAAACUCCACAAUGUGGCCCUUCCUGCUGGGCUUUACCUUUAUCCCAGCCGUACUUCAGUGUGCCGUACUGCCAUUCUGCCCUGAGAGCCCUCGCUACCUCCUGAUAAACCAGAACGAAGAGGCCAAAGCCAAGAGUGAGCUUAAGAAGCUACGUGGAACUGAAGAUGUGGAUGCGGACAUGCAGGAGAUGCAAGAGGAAAGCAGGCAGAUGAUGAGGGAGAAGACAGUCACCAUCCCUGAGCUGUUCCGCUCCCAGCUUUACCGCCAGCCCAUCUUCAUUGCUAUCAUGCUGCAGCUCUCCCAGCAGUUGUCUGGCAUCAAUGCUGUGUUUUAUUAUUCUACUAGAAUAUUUGAAAAUGCAGGAGUGUCCGAGCCUGUAUAUGCCACUAUUGGUGCUGGAGUUGUGAACACAGCAUUCACAGUAGUAUCAUUGUUCAUAGUGGAGCGGGCUGGCCGAAGAUCACUUCAUCUCAUUGGGCUGAUGGGAAUGGCAGUUUCUUCUGUUCUCAUGACUAUAGCUAUGGCCCUACUAGAACAAGUGAAAUGGAUGUCCUAUGUCAGCAUUGUAGCCAUCUUCAGUUUUGUGGCAUUCUUCGAGAUUGGACCAGGCCCCAUCCCAUGGUUCAUUGUGGCAGAACUCUUUAGUCAAGGCCCCCGACCCUCUGCCAUUGCUGUAGCUGGUUUCUCCAAUUGGUUCGCCAACUUCUUGGUGGGAAUGUGCUUCCAGUAUGUUGAGCAACUGAUGGGCCCGUACGUUUUCAUCAUCUUCACUGUCCUUCUGCUGAUCUUCUUCGUCUUCACCUACUUCAAGGUUCCGGAAACCAAGGGCCGGACAUUUGAUGAGAUCUCGGCAAGCUUCCGCUCUGGGGCAGAGAAAUAUACCCGAGAUGAUCUCAACACACUAGGGGCAGACUCCCAGCUCUGAGCACAUACAUUUAUGGUAUAGACUAACCCAGUGACUGUCGUCAGCUGUAGGAUGGUGGGUAUGUUCAAAAUGGCAUAUUACAAUAUUACGCCAACUAGGAAUGCAGUAGGCUAUGCAGUAUGUUUACUGUGCACUGUAUGCACAUUUUCUGAAUGCACUGAAUAUCUACAGUAUAUGACUUACUAAUUAUUACAUUUGUCAAAAUGUUCAGUAUUAAACCAGGGCACACUCUAUAGAGAGAUACUGUAUUCCUCAAAGCAAUAUUAAAAAGGAGUGCCUAAUUGGUCUUCCAAAAGUUAUAAAAUUUACACACAAAAUUGUAUUAAACACUGCAAAAUGUCCAAGUGUAUUUCUUAGAUCAUAUCACGACACCUCUUACUGAUGUAAACAUGCCACGCAGAGAGUCAUGGGACAUCAAUGUACCAUAUUACAAUUUGAAUUGUUCAUUUUUGUUAUUUUCUAUUUUGAAUACUAUUAAAAAUUAACAUGCAGUAUACAGUUUAUGCAGUGUAGCAUAGAGUAUGAGUAUUUUAGUAUUCCAUUCCAAACACACCCACAGUCUCAGUUCAGAUACAGAAAAAGUAUUUCUCCCCAGCGGGGUAGACAAACAGUAGCAUAAAAAGGCCUCCUUUUUUGCUCACAUUAUGAAAUGCAAAUAGUUUACUUAUAAAAAUAAUCACUCACUUUUUUGUUCUUUUCUGCAUGUUCACAUGCAUAUGAAUUUGAGUAUAUUAUAUACAGGAUUUGUGAACUUCUAGAUCAUGUAUUUGAAUGAUUCAGUUUGUGCAAUUCAUUUUAGGGAUGUUUAUUUUUUGUUUGGUGUGCACUAACCAAUUUUUAUUGUCCAGUCAACACAUGAUGAGUCUCUUGUGAGUUAUGAUAUGUCUACUAAAGUUAGAUCAAACAUGAUGACAGAAUUGCAUAUUUUUGCAUUAUGCUGUCAGAUUAUGGUAUACAAUAUUUGAAUUGAUACUUAAACCUUAUCAAGGAUUAUGUCAAGAUUAACUAACACAAGAAAUACAAGCUCAAAAUAAGCUAUACAAUUUAUAUAGCUAUGCCAGCAGAACUCCUUUCUUUUAAAAGUGUGGACUAGAGUGUAAAAUGCGUAUGAGGUUUAUUAUACUUUCAAACUGGACCAAGCUCCGUUAAAUUAACUCAACUAAUGUCAUUGUUAUAUUAUAAAUAAUAUAUACAUUUGAUAUUUUUUGAUUUGUUUAUUCAAAAUGCUUAAUUAAUUUUAUUUUGUGCAUAAUGUUUUUGAGUAUUUAGUAUAUUGUUAAUUUUGCAAAAGUGCAAUAAUUGUUUACGUAUUCCUGUUUAUUUAUUCCAUACAUUCCUAGGCAUUAUGAAUUAGAUUUACAUCUAUUACAUCUACAAAUACACUUCUUGAGUAAAAAUAUGUAUCUUCUGUCUAUGAGGGUUAAUGUGCUAUAUUGUUUUCACUUAACAUAACAUAAAAACAGGAAGACUACAGGAAAACUGUAAAUAGAUUCAGUUUUGCUAAAGCAUAAUUUUAUAGAUCAGUAUUUUGAUUUUUUCACUAAAAAUUCCUAUGAGAUCUCUAUGUUUUUGCUCAGUAUGUCACAGAAAUUACAUUAGAAAUCCAAAAAAUGUGCCAAGACAUGCCAUUGUUUGAGAGUAAUUAUAUUUUUACUAAAUAAUAAAUUUAUAGUUGGAAAUAAAAUCAAA